AAGACAGAGAAGAACCGAAAGCUAACGAAAUGGAAAAUGUUCAAGAUAAAAUAGAAGGCGCCUCUCCAGCUGCGGAUUCAGUCGUAAUUUCCGCAACCCCGAUACCUUCGACCACAGAAGACAGAGAAGAACCGAAAGCUAACGAAAUGGAUAAUGUUCAAGAUAAAAUAGAAGGCGCCUCUCCAGCUGCAUCACCAGAAGACAGAAUAGAAUUAAAAGCCAAAAUAAGCAGCGAAACGGAUAGUGUUCAGGAGAAAACAGAAGGCGCCUCUCCAGCUGCAUCACCAGAAGACAGAAUAGAAUUAAAAGUCAAAAUAAGCAGCGAAACGGAUAGUGUUCAAGAGAAAACAGAAUGCGUCUCUCCAGCUGCAUCUACACCAGAUUCAGUGGUAAUUACCACAACCCCGAUACCUUUGUCCGCGGAAGACAGAAAAGAACUAAAAGCUAAAAUACUAAAACAAGUGGAGUACUACUUCAGUACAGAGAACUUGAAAGAAGAUUAUUAUAUGAAUAAACUUCGUUGGAAGACUGACGAAGAAUGGGUUCCGAUUGACGAAAUCUGUAAGUUUCAAAGAAUGCAAGAUUACAAAGAUCGCGAGUUAAUUGUUGAAGCGUUGCGAGAAUCGCCGAAACUGUUGGAAAUAAACAAGAACGGAACUUCAGUACGACGAUCUCCGUCCGAUCCGUUGCCAUUGCCUGAAGAAGUUUUAAAUGGGCAUUUAUUCCGAUCUGUGUACAUGGAAGUCAAAAGAAGACUUGAUGAUAAGAAAAAAUUCAAGGGUUCUGUGUUUAUUGAAUUCAACGAUAAGAAAUCUGCAGAAGUUGUUGUUGGUAAAGAAUUGAAUUAUAAAGAUGAAAAAUUGCUCAUUUUGCUAAAAUGGGAUUAUUGCCAAAUGAAAAUAAACGAAAAAGGUCUUCCCUCAAACACCAUGCGACAUCAAUGCGAAAAACAAUUCUAUGCAAAAAAGCGUAAGCGUUCAACGGAUAAUAAUGCGAAAAAGCGUAAGCGUUCAAUGGAGAAUACGAAUUCUCGACAACACAGAAAAAAGAAAAGGGCUCUACCGGGCUAG